AUGACCCAGCCUGACUGGGAUGUCAUCUCGUCCUACGUCGGCCUCCUCAGUCUCGCGACAGUUUCCAUCUACGCCGGCUCACAUGGCUCCGUAACGAUACGCAAGGAAAGGCCCACAGAAGGACAGCCCAUGUUAGAGGGAGGGGAAGACGAAGACGAAGAAGAGAUACCCGACCGCUUGUCCGCCAGUGAUGCCUAUCUCUUUCCUGUUAUCGGGUCCGUAGUCUUAUUCGGACUCUAUCUGGUGGUGAAGUACUUUGGCCAAGAGUGGAUCAACUGGCUUCUGCAGUGGUACUUCACGUUUGCCGGGGUUGGCAGUGUUGGCAAGGCAAGUUCACUGCCCGUUCAAUCUUGA